GGGCAGGCCGAGGGCUGGCUGGCGGUGGCAUUGGUGAUGCUGGCCAGGUCGGGGUACCGUGUGCUGCCUUCGGGGAACCCGGACGGCUUCCCACAGUGGAGCCCAGGGGCGCUGCGCCCGCAGAAGGGGUGCUGGGCCCCGGGGCGGGUGGACUCGGGUCCGAGCGCUGCCCCGCAGAGCUGGCCGUCCUCCCUGGGCCGGGCUGUCCUGGGCGCCCUGGGCCUCCUGCUGCUGCUGCUCACUUUCCCAGUCUCCGCCUGGUGUGCCCUCAAGGUGGUGCCCGCCUAUGAGCGCCUGGUGGUCUUCCGCCUGGGCCGUCUCCGCCGGCCACUGGGCCCCGGGCUGGUGCUGCUGCUGCCCGGCCUGGACUCCUUCCACAAGGUGGACCUGCGCACCAAGGCCUUCAGCGUCCCGCCCUGCAAGCUGGCCUGUAAGGACAGAGCAGUGGUGUCCGUGGGUGCAGAUGUCCAGUUCCGUAUCUGGGACCCGGUGCUGUCGGUGAUGGCAGUGAAGGACCUGAUGUCCGCCGCUCGGUUGACCGCCCGCAACGCCAUGGCCCGGGUGCUGCUCAGCUGGUCACUGCACGAAGUCCAGGGCGACAAGCCGCGUGUCGGCCAGCAGCUGCUGCUGGAGAUGAACGAGGUGACCCUGGCCUGGGGGCUGGAGGUGGACCGCGUGGAGCUGGCCGUGGAGGCCGUACUGCAGCCGCCUCCCAGAGGCCCUGGCCUGGACAGCGCCCUGCAGCUGGCUCUGCACCUGCUCGGGGGACGCCCGCUCGCCACGCCUGCAGAGCUCCCCCUGCCAGCCCCAGAUGCUGACCCCGUGCCAGAUACCGCAGAGCUGGUGAGUGAGACGGGGGACACGCCCAGCCCGGAGCCGCCGGCUGAGGGGCUGCUGACCAGGCUGCGGCCGGUGCUGUCCGAGACCCUGGUCAGCCGGGUGGGCGCCUGCUACCAGCUCAACGUAGGGCUGCCGGGAGGCACCCAGGCCACCUACUUCCUGGACCUCACUACAGGGCAGGGGCAGGUGGGGCAUGGCCCCCCCCAGGCGCCCCCGGACGUGGUGCUGGACGUGACGGAGGCCGACCUGCAGGCCCUGCUGCAGCGGGAGCUGUGGCCCCUGGGCGCCUACGUCGGUGGGCGGCUAAGGGUGCAGGGGGACCUGGCCGUGGCCAUGCGGCUGGAGGUCGUGCUCAGGGCCCUCGGGUAGCCGUGGGCAGGUGCCACACCAGGGGCCCUGCAGGCUGGGGGGAGCUUCAGAGCCGGAGUUGGGGCAUGAGGACAGAGCAGGGCAGAUGGCAGAGGCCCAGGACAGUCGCCCAGGACGGUUGGGGACAGGGGAGGCUG